AUGUUGAAGAAGAAUGCGUCUUUAUCAAAGUUAUUGAGCAUGGAUCUUGAUCCAGACCUUCAGAGCCCAUCUGAUAUAUCAGAAGAUGUGAAUGCUGAAGAAGAAAGAAGACUUCUUGAGCAAUUAAAACAACAAGAUCACCUAAAUAAUCGCGAAAGACAAAUGUUAAGGCUUAAAAACAAUUCACUAACAGAUGAAAACUUCAGACUUAGAAGUAUGCUUGAAGCGCACGGUAUUGAUCCGAAUGGAAGAGCAAUGAUUAAGAUAAGAAUGGCCCCGUCAUUCAGGGAAACUGAUUCUGAGCCAGAAUUAGGAAAUAAUGAGUUUUCGGAUAAAUCAGACGAUUCUUGUAUAUCAUUACCACCUCCAAUUACAAAAUUCGAACCAUAUCCACGAAAUAGGUUAUCUAUUCCGGUUUCUAUUUUUGAAAGAGAGCAAAAUGAUACAUUUACUGCAGAAAUUCAGACAGAGCCAUAUCAAAUCGACUUCGAACACAUGGGAUCUUCAGUUGAACUGUCAUCAUCUACAUCAGGAUUUACAUUUGAGGAUAGUUCAACACCUUCCAAAGUUACCCCUACUAAAUCUUCACAAAGAAGUUCAAAAUCAAGCUAUUCAUCAGCAAAACAGAAUGUCUCUGAUUCAACAUUCAAUUUAUCAUCAAGCUCUGCAAAUUCAACUCCAGUUUCGUUUAAAUCAUCAAUUUCAACUAAAUCCUCACAUCAUUCUAGCAAAUCUAAUAAAUCUAGUUCAUUUAAUAUCUCUUCUAGUUCAGAAUUGCGUUCUUCGUCCUCAAAAAGAAAUAAUUCCACUACAAAAUCUUCAUCUUUUGGAACUCCAGUUUCAAAGCCAUCAUACAAUGAUUCAUUAUCAGACAUUUCAUCUUCUCCUAUUAUUACAUCAUCUAGGUCAUCAAAGAGCUCUAAAUCAUCACUCGAUUCUGAUCAAAAAUCUACAAAAUCAAGCAUUACAUUUAACAGCUCAAUUGAUCAACCAAAGAAGAAAUCUGAAUCUUCUUAUUCAUCUUUAUUGACUCCUUCAAAAGAAUCCCAGAGUUUUGAUUCAUCAAAUGAAAUCAAAACUAAAGAAUUUAAUACGAAAUCUAAUUCUUCUUCUUCUUUCUUAGAUACAACACAAGAUUCUUCAUUACCCAAAAAGACAUCCUCAUUCUUAGAAACAUCUAAACAAGAAAAUGAUUCGUUAUUAUCUCUUGAAUCUUUUCGUGAAUCAAUUAGUCAGAUGAAGAAACCAAUUAAGUCAUUCAUGAAGAAGAAAGAAUCAAUUGAAUCUGAUUCAGAAUACGAAUCAGAACCAAGUUGGAUGAAAACAAGUAGUGGAGAUGAAGAAUCAGAAGAAACUCCAGUCAAGAAAUCUGAAACUGUUGUCUCAUUAUCAUCUGAUUCUGAUUCAGACUUUUUGUCGUCAAUGAGUAAAUCAUCGCAUAAAAAAGCUAUCAGAACAAAAGUUGUAAAAGCUGAUAGUGAAUCUGAUGAAAGUUGCAGUGAAUCUCAUUCAACUUAUUAUUCUGACUCUGAUGUUUCAUCUGAUUAUGAUUCCGAAAGUGAGGAAAAUAUCAAAACUCGUAAGAAAUCAAAGAAAAACUCAAUUUCUGAAUCUUUGUCUUCUUAUUCAAGUGAUGAUUUUGAAGUUAACAGUAAGAAGAACAAUAUUAAUGAGUACUUAAAACAUGAAACAAAGAGACUCCCUGUUCAACAAUCUUCUUCUUCUUCUGAUUCUGAAUUCUCAACAUCAGAAUUAUUAAGUGAUGAUGAUGACGAAAAAGAAAUUCAAAUGAAAAAUAAGAAGUGCAAGAAAUCUGAUGCUAAAAAAUCAAAGAAAGAAAAGAUUCAGCCAAAGAAGAUUAAAGCUGAAAAUCAGGAAGACAAUGAAAUCGAUAUUAUUGAUUAUAUCGAAAAGAAACGCGAAACAUCAAAGAAGAUUCUUGAUAACUUCGAAUUUUUUGUUGCAAUUAAAUUCGAAGAAAUGGAUAGAAUUCUUAAUUAUGUAAAUUCAAAGCCAAACACGCCAAAACAAGAAACUCUAAAGGAUAAAAUGGCUCUGAUAAGAGAUUCUUUGAAAGAUGAUGUAAAUAAGAAAAAGAUUUUAAAUUACAUCAAAAAAUACCAAAUAGAUUUUCUCAAGAAAUGUAAAAACUUCCAAAAGGCUGAUGCACUUUGGAUGAUCGAACGUGCUAAAAAGCAAAUUGAAAUCUCUGUUUAA